AGAAUUAUUAUCAUCAUCGUAGAACAUGUCGGACUCGUACUACGACAGCGAUCUGGUCUGUGAGUACUGUUCGACCAACUUCGACCUUCAGAAUCAUGUCCCGAAGCUUUUGGGGGUGUGUGGACACAAUCUAUGUGCUGAGUGCAUUGCCUCGUUGGAAGGAGCUCGGGGAUUCGGCCGCUUCAUGUGCCCUUUCUGUCGGCAGCCGCAUCGGCCCGGCGAAAUCAGCGUGAAUCCUGUGAUAAUGAAUCUGCUUCGCUCCGCUGCUGCUGGAGUGCUUGGCGAAGUCCCCUCGGCCACUAAUGGGGUUGGUGGUAGCACUUCAACUGAGGGAGGGUGUACCAACUUGACGGUUACUAGUGAUGAGGACGAUGAUGACGGUGACACUCGUAGUGACACUUUUGAUGAGCACGAUAGCUGCAACUAUAAGUGGUAUGAAGAGCGGGGUAGGUGGUGGUUCUGUGACUACAAUAAGGAUCGUCGGUGGCACUACUUUGGGAAGUGGCUAGCUGAUGAUGAUGGUGGUGAAGGAUGGAAGGACUGGGCUGAAUGGAAAAGUGAAAUAUGUCAAUCAGAGAACAACGCUUUCUAGAAGCCCGCGUCGUGCAUGAUCAGAAUUAGAUGUUUACACGUCCUCCCUACUAUUGCCCUUUCCCUGGUCACCCUCCCCCCAGGGCCGUUCAGUGUACAGUAGCAUUCUUGUGUAUAGGGGAUAUUGUCUAUAUUAUUAUUCUCAUUAUCAUCAUCACCGCUCACCGCGGAGAUCUUGCA